AUGACAACACGCCUUGGACUUUCACAACUGUCAUCUUCGGCAAGAAACAGUCCUUUUGGAGAGAAAAUUGUAGACAAGACAAAAUUGGCUUCUUUGGAACCUGUUAAGGUUAGUUUUUUCUGAAAAUUGUAUAUUUCAAGUUACUGAAAAUUUUUCUUUCAGAUUGCGGCAUUCAGAAAAUAUAAACCAGUUACACCAAGUCCUUUGGCCACAACUCCAACAGAAUCCACUCAAAAAUUCGAAUUGUAUAAAUCUAUCGAUUGUCAAACAAUUGUGACUGUCUCAAAAAUUCUGCCAGAAAUCAAGAAAGAAGAUUUGGUAUCCAAAGAACCAACAGUAAAUUAUAUUCAAAAUAUGGUUUUUCGCAUCCAACAAGAAAUCGAUGAAGAAAUUGAGAGAAAUCUGAAACUCAACAAUCAAUUGGCAGAUAUCAAGGAAGAAAUCAAUCGAAUUGACAAAGAUUUGGAAGUUCUUCGUGAAGUUAUCGAAGAAAUUGAACAAGAAAAACAACACGUCGGAACUUCUGAUGUAUAA